AUGGGCCAGAAAGUGGAUGACGUUCUUCCGCAUAUGGCUCCGCCUUUUCGCAUAUGGCUCCGCCUCACCGACAGGUUGGAUGAGGUAAUUCGAUUCUACCGACCAAUUGUGGACAGAGAUGAUGAAAAGGAGCUUGAUCUCCCAAUCUUCGAGGAACUGGUUAAUAUUUCCAACGCGUGGGAUAUUCCUAGAGAUUUGCUCGAGUCUCUAGAUAUGUUUUACCACGGAGUUGUAAUUCUCUCAACACACUCAAAAGGAUUGCAGGGCCGCUCACGACCGAGGGUAUCGAGAAUUCGUCAAAGCCAUUCAAUCUUCUCCAUUGCGUCAAUCCUUCGCAAGCAAGAUAUCCAAGACUUUCUCCCUUUGCCUAUGACUGCUUAUACCCUAUCGCUUGCCUUCUCAGUUACAUAUAGGCAGCCGAGAGAAGAAAAGCUGCCCAGUGGUCGACAAACAGCAAAGGAGCACGUUGACUUGUUCUAUCAAUGUCUUAGGAUACUAAGUUCAACGUGGUGGUCAGCUGCUAUAAUGACGUGUUUGGGAAAUCGUGUUUUGAAUGACAGCCUGCGUGGAAAGAACCCGGAACGAUCCACUGGGUCAGAAAUGGACCAAAUACGAUCAAACUCUCAGGACAUGAUAACCCCUUCGUUCGGCGGUACGCAGGCGUUGGAAGAAAGUGAAGGGACGUACAUGAACGUGGCUACCAUUGAUCAGCGCCAAAUAGGAUCAGAUCUUGCAACCAAUUUUGACGAUUUCGUUGACAAUUCCGAUAUUAUUAGUGGCAACAUUGAGGAUUUUGAUUUAUUCUUUGAUAACUUCCUUGAUAUCAACUUUCCCAGGUCUUCCGGUGAUCAAUUCUUCCUGGAUUUCGAUAUGCUUAACUCCUGA